UGGAGUUUAAAAAAAAAAAAAACUUGAAGUACUGGCACUUGAUCCUGAAUCACUUAGCUAAAAGUUACCAAGCGAGUUGAGCUGUGUGUUUAUAGUAGUUUUAAAUUCUACAACCGACACUGUAUACAAGUUUUACAUGGAGAUGCAUUAGUAUUUAAAUUGCUUGGCUGGACUGCAACAAAUGAGACUGGUUGAUCAAACAUUUCUGCUGUUGCACUUUCCAAAAUGCAACAACUGAUGUUGAUACAGGGAAUUCUGAGAUAGUGAAUCGGAUGACUCCAGCAUGGACACCAAAAAGAAGUUGCCUCGUUAUGUGGGGGUUGAACGCCCAUCUGAAAGGUCUCGAAGGAAGACACACAGCUCAAAAGUGGAGCAGGAGCAAAUUCAAAAGAAAACAUUCACCAACUGGAUUAAUGCCCAGCUAUCCAAGAGGAGGCCUCCAGUUGUAGUGCUGGACCUUUUCAAUGAUCUUAAAGAUGGAAGCAGAUUGUUGGACCUGCUGGAGGUGAUGAGUGGUCAGAGAAUGAGCCGGGAGAAAGGAAGAGGGACAUUUCAGCACAGAACAGACAUUGAUAAAGCGCUGGCAUUCCUUAAGAGGAAAUCGAUCAAACUGGUCAACAUCAAUGUGUCAGACAUUAUUGAUGGAAAGCCUUCCAUCAUUCUGGGUCUGGUCUGGACAAUCAUCAUGCACUUCCAUAUUGAAGAGUUGGCAAGCACCUUGUCCUUUAGUUCUCGCCAGUCGUCUUUGGAGUCAUUGGCUAGUUUGGACACUUAUUCAACCAGCAGUAGUGCCCGCAGCAGUCCAGUGCCACCCAGAGGUUCACCCUUGCACACACGUUUCCGUGUAUCUGCCAAGAAAGCCCUGCUGCUGUGGGUCAGAGAGCAGUGCCACAGGGCUGGUUGUACUCUGAAUGUUAAGGAUUUUAAGUGGAGCUGGAGGAGUGGGGUGGUGUUUUUGGCAAUACUUUAUGCUCUAAGGCCGAAUGUAGUGGACCUGUAUAGAGCCAAAACCAGAAGCAACAGACAGAACCUGGAGGAGGCUUUCCACAUCGCUGAAAGAGAACUUCGCAUACCUAGACUACUAGAUCCAGCCGAUGUUGAUGUUAGGGACCCUGAUGAGAAGUCAAUUAUGACUUAUGUUGCUCAGUUCCUGCAAUAUUCAAAAGACACUCCUGUUUCUGAUGAGGAAACGCAGUAUCUCACUCCUCCGCAGCGUCUCUCUCCUGUCAAUCUGCCAACUGACUUUACCCCAUCUGUAGCUGCAUCACCUCUAAGAAAGACCUCAGCCAAUCAGAAGGCUCAGGAGGUCACAUGCUGGUUGUUUCAGGCCUAUCAGGAGCUGAUUGAGGGGUGGGACUCCACUGAGGGAGAGAGCUAUGCUGAGCGAUACCAUGUCUUCCAUACCUUCAUUGUGUCCUUUAAUGAACAGCGACGACCGGUGAUGCCAUUACUAACGGCGAUGAAGAGGACUCCUCAGCUCAGUGCAGAGCAGAUAUCUCUCAGACGAGCCUGGGACACUCUUGCUGAGAAGCUGCGUGAGUAUAAAACAGAACUGGACCUGAGUCUCCCAUCUCCACUGGACACUGUGGGUGGAUGGUUGUUGCGUGUUGAAGAGGUUUUAUCUGCUGAAGAUGGCGAUCCAUUGGAUCACGCCCGAGCUGCGAAAGAAGCCCUUGAGAAACUCGAACUACUAAAGGUGUGUUUGGAGGAGAUGCCACACCAUCUCAAGAGGUUUAACAUGUUUCAGAACACGGAUGAGUUUGGAGAGGCUCUUGUGCCGACAGACAAGAUGGAAGAGAUCAAGAGAAGGUUCACCAGUGUCCGUGUAACAGCUAAAUAUCAUGGCAUAAAGCUAGAGUAUCAUGAGCACAGACACACAGUGCUUGAUCUGCUGAAUCAACUCAACAUUAAAUUGCGUUCUUGGAAAAGAGCCUAUAUUUCCCAGCAGGCCGUUUGUGUGCUGAUGCAGGACUGGAAUGAGACUGUGAACAAACAGGAACUGACUUCAUUGCUGGAUGGAGCCCUCCAUAGACUCAAACUCAUCGCAAGCAAAUACACCAGCAAGGCUGCUUUGGCUGGAGACACCAGUCAGGUCAAUCGUCAGGUGUCUGAUCUGGAAGCAGAUGUAGUAGCGACGCUGGAGGGUGUACGGAUGGUGAGGGGAACUAUGGGCCGUGUGCUGACAGCAUGGGACUCUUACAGUGACAUCUACACCUCUCUGCACGCAUGGCUGGAGCAGGGACCACAUGGCCAGCGUCAUGGACAGAGAACAGAGGUGACGGUAUCGAUUAUGUCUGAGUGGAGUUCUCGUCAGGUUCACCUGAGUGAGGUGGGCAACUACCUGAUUGAGGUGACAGACCCACAGACUAGCCGUGCCAUUUCAGAUGAACUCUGCAAGAUAAAUCUGCUCUGGGCUGACUUUGCCAAAACAACCCAGUUUGCUUUAUCUGAUGAGCCCAUGGUUGUCCCAUCCAGUCCUCACAUGGUUCAUGCCUUAAUGAGGGAGGCCACUCAGCUAUUGAAAGAACCUUUGGAGGUGGUUUCUGGACCACUACGUACCUACACAAAGCGACUGCAGCUUAUGGUGAAGAAGAUAAAGGAUGUUGAUCUAGAGGCCCUCUCCCUAUCUCUUGAUUGUUCUCCAGAAACCUUGAACAAACUUCAGCAGGCCAUUCCUGAGGUGUUGCAGACACUAUGUGAGGCUGAACAAUUGUGCGAUGAACUGCGUCUGAGUGUAAGUGGGUUAGAUGGGCGUCUAGCUGAACUCAUACACUGGGAGACUGAAGCCAGAGAGCUUUACCAGCUCCUGGAACCACACAGGCAGAAGAGAGGACAAGACCCUAGAGCCAGGCUUUUGAUUUCGAGGGGGCUACAGUUAGAGGGCCAGGUGGUUAUGGAAGAGCAGGAUCUGCAGAUCAUGAUAAUGACUGGUCAGAAGACUUCACCACUGCAGUAUCUCAUCGCAUCCACCAUGCAGGACAGAGUCCGCACUGCUGUGGAAAAGUCACAGGAAGCAGUAGGGAUGCUCAGCUCCUUGGGGGCUUGCAGAGACAAAAGCCCUCCUAGAGACCAGCCCCCUGCCAAGAUCUUUGUCCAACAUCCGAAAACAGAGAAAGAGCCCCAGGUAUCCCAAGCUGCAACCCUCAAGGCUGAACCAUGUAGUCAGCCUGUGCCCAUAAUUGUUGUACAAGAGUGUGAAGAUGAGAAAAGGAGCCCACAACAACUACAGCCCUAUGAGCAAGGGGAACACUCCCACACUCAAUCCACUGAACUGAAUUCACAGGAAGUUGCCCAAGCAAGAAUAGAGAUACAUCACAUAGAAAGCCUGCAACAGUGGUUAGAAAUGCAGAACCAAGGACAAGUGCUAGGACCAAUAGCUACCCAGCAACCUCCACAGAACAUAAAACAAACAACAUCACAAGUUAAUUCUCAACAAUUAGCAACACUACCACCAGAAAAAUCCCAACAAGAGAAAACCUGUCUUGCAUCCUCUAUACCAAAACAGCAGAUAGUUCAAGUACAAACACCAGCCCAGCCACAGCCGCAGUGUCAACCAGAGACACAAUCACAGAAGGAGGGUGCAGGCCAACAACAGGUUCCAGCCCAGCAGCAGAUGAUUGCAAAGAAGUCCAAGGCAUGUCUAAAGAACAGACCUUGGCUUCAACAGGGGGGUCAAUUGGAAAGUGUCAAAAAACCAGCUCAGGUGGUGCCACAAUCUCUGUCAGAGCCAGAGGAUAUAGGUCAGAUAAGUCCUCAAGCACCCUUUCAGCCUGUAGUUGCUUCCAGCUCACCAGAGGCUCAGGAACCUAAUCAAGACAUAACAAAGGCACAGUCGAAAAGCAUUGUACAGAGUGAGUCAAAAUGCCUGAAGCAACCACAAGCAGGGAAACCCCUUGUAGUGGCACAAAAACUACCUCAAAUUUUGUCGAAAACUCCAGAACCACCAGUGACCCAAAUGCAACCACGACAGCCAGCAACUUUUCCAAUUCAUCAACCAGUUCUGACCCAACUCCCUAUUUUAACUCAAGCUCAAGCAACUACACAAAAACCUCAAGCCACUGCACCCAUUCAGCAGCCUCAAACACAGACUGUGAUGAUUCAGAAACAGUCACAACCUGAAUCCAUGAUUCCCAUACAGCCACAAGUUAUGGCUCAUUGGCAGCCAAAACAGACUAUAGCUCAAUAUCAUCCUUCAGUGCCCCAACCACAAAGAUUUCCACAAGCAGUACCCCAAGGCAUUUCCAGACCAGUCCAACAGUUGCCAACAACUUUCGUUCAACCACAAGUAAUGCAGAGAAAAGAGUCACCGCAGGCUGUAGUUCAAUCCCAGUCACCCUCACAGCAAGCUCAGAAUGUGAUUUCCCCUCAAACCAAAGGUACAUCACCCAUAAAACCCAGAGUCAUCUCUAUGCCCAGACCCCAGAUGCCUUUCCAAUCUCAUACCCAGCUCACAGCACAGGGCAGUGCACAGCGUAUGGUUCAAUCACAGGCGCAACCCCAGUGGAGUCCCUUUACACCUGGAGAUGUCACCCAACCUUACCCCAAAGUCCAAGGACCAAUUCCUGUCACUGCUCAAAUGCAGCCUCUGGCCCAUUUUCAAACUCAUCCACAACCUCAAUAUGCCCAUCCAGCUCAACCUCAGCUAUGGCCACCAAUAAGACCAGGAAUAGUCACCCAGACCUACCCCACUGUUCAAGUUACUGGUCAGGUAGUCCAAUCUCAACCUCAGGUACAAGUUUACUCUAAAAACCAGCCACAUUUUCAAGCUCAGCAGUGGUCAACACCAAGACCUGAAACAUUUCCCCAUUCUCAUGGACAGAUAAGACCUCAAGGUCCAGUUCAGCAUAUGGUUCCCUCCGAACCAUGGAGACCUGUCAGUCAAGAGGUAGCCAGUCCAGUAUACCCCAGGGCUGAGACUCAAGGACAGGGACAAAAUCAAGCCCUACAAAAACCACAAAACCCUCAACUGCAAUUGGAUACAUUUCGGCUAGAACUUCAGCCUCAGGUCUCCUCCCAGACUAUGUUCCAAGGUGUUCCUCAGCCAGUAGCUCCAUGGAAUCAACCACCUGCUCAAGCUCCAAUAAGACUUCAAAGUCCACAGCAGCCUCAACAACGUCAGCAACAAUUGGUGCUAUCCACGACAGAGGCGCCAACUCAAACUCACAUCAAAAGCCAAGAAGUCCAGGCUUCACUUCAGUCCCAAGUCCCGACAAAGGCCCAGUUACCAGCACAGAAACCAUCCCAACAGCAGUCAUCUCCUCGGGUUAAGCAGCCAGCACUUGCCCAGGCUCCUCCUCAGGCCUACACUGAGGCUUAUACAAAAGCACAGGCCCUGGUUAGGAAUAGAUUUGAGGAAGCCAAGCACUGUCUUCAAGAGCACAUACUUGAAGCUAUCAAUGUGUUCAAGGACAAGCAUAUGACAGAUGAACAGGCAUCUUUUAAGGAGAAGACACUUAGGACUCUGGACACUGAGCUCCUUGAAGAGUUCUUGAGGGCCGUGGAAGGAAUUGAAGCUUUCUGUACUCCAUCUGAACUUAGAGACAUGGAGUUUUUCACCCAAUCUGUUAGAACACAGUGGGAGGCUGUACGUGUUCAAAUAUCAGCAUAUUUGAAGCAAUUUGAGAUAACCCGUUUGCAAUUUAACUGUAUGGUUGAGACAUGUGAGAUGCACUGUAAGAAAGAAAAACUCAACCACAGGCCGGUAUCAAUUUCAGAAUCAAAAGGAGAGGCCUGUUUUUCAGCAGAUGGCAGCCUGGCACAAGCAGGGCAGCAGCUGGAAGCUCUGAAGGAGUUGUGUGAUACUCUGAGCCCUGAGGAUGCACACAGGCUCGCACAGGCCCAACUCAGAGAAUGUGAGAAACGACUUGCUGCUAUCCAGCGGCAGUUCAGUGGAGACCAAGACACACUGACUACAGACACUGGUGCUCAAAUCGAGCAAAUGAAAGAGCCACCAACACAGAAAUUGCCAACAGCCCCACCAUCUGCUGAGAAAUCCAAAGAGGUUAUUGUUUCAGAGGAUGCACCACCGGUCAGCCCCCAGCGGCUUAGGACUGUGGAGAAGAGAGAGAUAGUGAAACAAACAAGUACAGAGGAAGACAGGUACCGCAGCUGCAGAUUUGCGCUACAGGCUCAGCUGAACAGGAAUGAGCAAUGCAUGCUGGGAGAUCGCCCUUCAGAAUCAGUCACUCCCACAGACCUGCAGAAACGGCUUAGAGAAUUUAAGGCUCUAUGGGAUGAGACGGAGUCACUAUGGAAGGAAUAUGAAGCACUGUGUAUGCAGUGUGUGCAGUUUAACGAACGCAGCAUUGAGCAGGACCGAACGGAGCUCACUGUCAGGUGGAGAGAGCAGAGGUCACAAUUACAGUGCAGGGUGGAUUCACUGGGAGCAGCACUUGAGCUCAUGGAAUCUAUUGAGCUGAAGAUUUCCGAGAUUUCUGAAAGACUGGACAGGUUCAUCAAAGAGCCUAAAAACAUUAAGGAAUAUACACCAGACAACCCUUCCAUAUUGAGAGAUGUGAAGGACUUAGAUGAAGGUAUCCAGACAGAGAUGGAUCAUCUGUCUCGGUUCGACUCUGAGCCCAGUCAUCUGGAUUUGCGGGACCGGUCCCCUCUCACACAAGUAGUUCUAAACCAUAGAUCCAGCCUGGACCGUCUCAGACAACAGGUGCGCAAGAUUGAUGCUGCAGCCCGUGCUCUUGAUCGCUUCCUCAUGUCCCUGCGCACCGUGGAGCUGGAUGUUUCUUCUGUGAAGACCAUCCCCAGCAGUGACCCUGCGGUACUGCAAGACAGCAGAUCUAAGCUGUCGCUGAUCAGGAAGGGAGUCAGCAGCCUCAAGGAUAAGGCUCCACAGUUGGACCAGCUCUUGGGUGGAGCACAGCUAUCAGUGACCCAAGACGGGAGCCCUGUUUCCUGCCUGGAUAUGGUGGGGGAUCUGAUGCGUAGGGUGGAGGAGGUGGACGAUCGGCUCAUAGUUCGACAGAAGGAGGUCCAGAAGGAACAGCAGAGCCAAGGACUUGGCCUGAGGAGGAAGACGAUGCUGGCCGAGCUGAGGAAAGUGCAGGGAUCAGCAGAGAAACAAGGUCUGAAGGAUUCCACCAUGCCAGCCGUGCAGCACAGGAUGCGAGCACUGUCUGAUCUGGAUUUUCAACUUAACUCACUUCGGCCGGAAUAUCAAAGCAUCAAAAACGCUCUCUCCGAGCUCUCUCCACAGAAAGAGCAGCCUGAUCCAGCAGAGGAGCUGGACUCCCUUUGGGAGGAGACAGAGAGAGCUGUAUUUGACAGACAAGAGCAGUGCUCUGUUUUACUGGAACUGCUAAAGAAGUUUCAGAGCUGUCGCAGUUACCUUGGGAACACUCUCCAGAGGGCAGAGCAAACUAUAAAUGAGCAGGUGUCAUACAUGGGCAAAGACAACCUGCAACGCCUUCUAGCAAAAGUCACUGGUAUAAAGGAGGAUCUCGGUGGUCUUGGACCCAAGAUGGAGGAGUUCAGAGCCGUGUGCAGACAGUUGCAGUCUCAGCUAAAGAAAAUCCCUGACUGCUCGGAAACUCCAUUUGAGACAGAAGCAGAUGCUUUGGUGGACUCUUGGCUGGAUGUUUCAGAGAAGACAGACAGUUACAUGGAUAACUUGCGUGUGGGUCUGGAGAUGUGGGAGAAACAGCUUGUUCUGGGUGGAGAUGUGGACAGCUGGACUUCCACAAAACUCAUCAUCUUCUCAGAGUCCCACCCUUUCAGCAGCGAGGAGGAGGUUCUCAGCAUGAAGAAUGAGAUUCAAUGCCAGGAGGACAACCUUGAACACUUUCACAGAAAGUUACUAGAGAUACAGGAACUGCUGCAGAGUAAAGAGUCUCCUCUCGAAUUGCAGGUAAUGGAAACAAACCUGAGAAAGAAAAUGGAGCAGGUAAAGGAGCUCUUCUCUGACUGCACUGAUGUCUUCCAGGAGCUCCUUACAGUUAAAGCUCAUCUCACUCAGAAGAUUGACACCUGCCAGUCAUCUGUGGAGAACAUACGCUCCUCAGUAGACAUGCUCAGUUCAGAAGACCACACACAGCUUGAUGUACAAUUACAGGAGCUGUGUGAGCAGCUUUUGGACCAGGAGGAGCAGGCUGACUCUUUGUUAAAGGAAAUUACUCUCAUGUACAGCAUUACUGGACCAGAGGCCAUGGAGGAACUGACCAACCGCAGCAAGCAUUUUAAAGACAGCAUUGUAGAAACUCGGGAGCUGAUUCGUCAGAAGAAAGAUCAAGGGGAGAAAAGCUUCCUUCAGACUUUUAAAGAAAAGUGCCAGUCAUUUGAGGAAUGGUUGCAGGAUGAGCAGCUCUCUGUAAAUGAGUGCUUUGAAAACCCAGAGAGUAGGCAGGACUUGGAAGCAUCCAUGCAGAGACUGAUGAGUUUCCUGGCAUCUAAAGAUGGAGAACACCGUCUGUCCCAGUUGAAGGAGAGGUUUGAGAAAGGUGGACAGGAUAAGGUUCCUACUGAAGCUCAGGCUUUGCUUUCCUCGUGGCAGCAGGAACAGGAAGGAGAACUGGCCACACUCAGGGCUCACUGCCAGGGACGACAUAAACAGCUUGAUGACAUCCUCCAUAAACUCAAUAGUUUACAGGAGGAACAUAACCAUUUGAAAGACUGGAUUCAGCAUAAGAAACAAGUGCCUGAACACAGAGAAAAACUGAGACAACUUCAAGAGGAGUUUCUUAAAGAAAGUGGUCGUGUGGAGGCCUUUCGUGACCUGUUAUCCACAGUAAGGAUGCGUGGCCUGAGGGGUGACCCACUGCUAAGAGACAGUGAGGCCCUGAUAGAUCAAUAUCUUAGCAUGGGGAUUCUUUUGGACAACCAGGUCCAAGUCUACAAGGCCCUCGAUGAUCAAGCUGAAACAUUCCAAACCAAGGCAGAGCAGACCAGAGCCUGGAUCAAAGACGUAAAGAAAGGACUUGAGUCCUUGGGAAUGGAGACCCCAACACAAGAAAAGCAUAUUAAGGCUCAGGCUGUUCUUCAUCUAAGCCCUGAGGGUGACACUAAAUUAUUGGCACUGAAAGAAGUGGGAGAGGCUUUAUGUGCUCACGAGGUCUUGGAAGACAGCAGAAGACAGGAGCUCAGUCACACCUUGAGAAACAUUGAGGAUGAGUGGAAGAGAGUUCUAGAUAUUGCUCAACAGCUAAAAUAUCAGGCAGAGCUCCAAGAUUCACUCUCCAAAGAACUACAAGCCCUUGAGGACCAGGAAAAGAGCACCCAGUCCUGGGUGAGAGAACAACUGGAGAUGCUGCACUCUCUGGGGAAAGAACUUCAACCACAGGAAAAACUGAACAAAGUGCAGGCUGUCUUGGACCUUCAUCUUGAAGCAGAAUCCAAAUUGGCCCAUUUAAAGAGACAAGGGCAAAAUAUAUGUUCUUAUAAAGAACUUGAUAACGAGAGGAGGAGCCAUAUUGACCAAACCCAGAGCGCAGUAAAGGAGGAGUGGAAAAAAGUGAUACAACUAGCUCAGGAGUUUAAGAACCAGUUUGAGCAUGAGGAUUCCCUCAACAGAGAGCUCUUGACUUUCCAUGAUCAAAAUGAGGAUACUUGCUGCUGGAUUAGACAGCUGAAACAGACCCUGGAUUCCUUUGAUGUAACAGCUUCCUUUCAGGAGAAACUAAACAGAGUUGAGGCUGUACUAUCUCACAGAUCUGAGGGGGAUGACAAACUCAUUCACUUAAAGAGGAAAGGUGAGAGUCUAUGUUCCUGUCAGGAUCUGAAGGAGGACAGACGUCAGAGAGUCCAACAGAUGUUACAAGAUGUACAGGAGGAGUGGACAGCAGUUAUGAUGGAUGCUCAGGAGUUAAAGAACCAGUCAGAACUUGAGGAAUCUCUUUCUAUGGACCUUCAGGAUCUUCUACACCAGGAGAAGAGCACUCUGUCCUGGAUAAAAGAGCAGCAGCUAAAGAUCGAAAUGCUGGGUGAAGAUAUUCAGCUACAACAGAGAAUUGCUGGUGCUCAAGCUAUCCUGAACUUGGAAUCAGAUGGAAAUUGCAAGCUUGCCACCCUGAGGAGAAGAGCCGAGGGUUUGUGUUCUCAUGAAGGGCUGGAUGAGAAUAGAAAGCAAGAAAUCCAGCAGAACCUGAGAACCAUUGAAGAAGAAUGGAAGAAGGUACUGGCAUCUGCACAAGAGCUGAAGAACCAGGCUGAACUCCAGGAAUCUCUUUCAAGGGAGGUUCAAAAUGUUUACACACAGGAGGAGAGCACUUGGUCCUGGAUGAAGAACCUGAAAGAUGAACUGGACUCAUUGGGGAACAACACUCAUGGUACUCAGGAGCAGUUUGAGGAGAGACUGAAUAAAGCACAGGCAAUUCUAAAUCUUUGUUCAGAGGGCCAUUCUAAGAUUGCAGCCAUGAAAAGUACAGUGGACAAUCUGUACACCCGUAAAGAUCUGGAUGAAGAAACACGACAUUUACUCAUUGAGAAGAUGAGAAGUUUAGAGGAGGAGUGGAAUGGUACAAUGCUGCAAGCACUAGAGCUGCAUAGUCUGCUGAAAAGUAUAGUGGAGCGUCUGGUGUCCUGUCAGUGUCAGAUGGAGCAGCUUCAAUCCCAUCUGGAGCAGGUUAAACAGCAGAUUUCUGCACUGCCCCGUCAAUUUCCCUGGCCUGGUUUAGGGGAUCGAAGGCACACAGUGGAACAGGCUAGGAGCCUGAUGGACCGCACAAAAGCCCUGACCCCAUCUUUGGCUGCUGUAAGGGUGCUUGGGAGAGAGAUGAGCCAGCUGACCCAGGAUUCCAGCUGGAUUGAUCCGUCCUGGGCCACCAUUGAGGAGUGCAUACCAGAAUUAAUAAAAGAGCUUACGGAUUUUUCUUUGAAUGUUGAAGAGGAAAUACGAAAAGAGAGAGUUUGUGCUCAGUUAGUUGAGCAGCACACAGUAGCUCAAGAUUGGCUAAGAGAGCAGGUCAAAGGUUUUGGUGCCCUGCCCACUGAACGCCAUGGGUUACAGGGCUCUAUAAACACUCUUAAGGCUCUUCUUCAGACCGUAGACAGAGAGAAGAGAGAGAUGAGAGAUCUGGAUGCUGUUAAAGAUUCCCUGAUGCACCUCUGCACCCCUGGAGGUCGUGAUGCCCUGACCUUAGAGGUUAGCCACCUUCAUGACCUCUGUGUGACCUCAGAAAAGGAGAUGAGGGAAUGGCUAGCUGUGUGUGAGGCCAGAUUGGGUGAUAUUGACCUCAGGAUAGCUGGCAGGGUGCAGAUUCUGAGGGAACAGGCAGAGAGCCUCCUGGAUGAGCUGCGUGCUCAGGACAACUCUUUAGGAUUUUUAGAUGGCAGACAGAAUAUCUGCCAGCUUCAAGAAAACUGGCAUAAUUUCAAGAUUUGUGAGAAAGAAGUUGAGGCUUUAGAGGGCAAAGUUCGUGACCUUGGUCAGGCCCUCCGUAUGGUCCAUCCUGAUGAGGAGCCCCCUAGUGAUGUAAUUUCGGUAGUGGAAACAGUUACGCAGCAAUAUUGCAGUCUGCGAUCGAAACUGUUAGAAAGACAAAAUGAUUGUGCAGACAGCACUGUGCAGUGUGUGAGACAGGCCUUACAAAGCAUACAGUCCUGGAACCAGUCAAGAAAUGCAAAUCCUCCAUGCAGCUCAACCAUGUCCAUGCAGACUGCAGUUGAGGAAGGAACGAAACUUUGUAAAAGCCUCCAGAUGGCGCUGUCCCAUAAAGAGUUGCUGAGGGAUUGCUUGGGCCCUGACUUGGCUGGCAAGCUUGAAAGAGAUGGCAUAAAAACACUAAAUGAAACAGAGACUCACAUGAAUGACCUUAAACAGGAAAUUGAGAAUCUUGAGGAGAAGGUGAAACAAGAAACUCAGAGGUUGUCACUGGAGACUCAAAGCAUCAAGGUGGACUCACAGGUUUCGGCUGUGAAAACAUCAACCAAUGAGUUUACACAGUCAGUUGUUUCUUCUGCAUCCAUCAUGGAGAGUUGUGUAAAGACAGAUGACAAUGAACAGGCUAAGAUGCAGCCAUCUGAAAACCUUGAGAGCAAGAUCCCUGUAUGUGUACUCUCAGAAACUACAUCAGAAAUAGAAACUUACACUGCAGGAAAAACCCCACUAACAUUAGAGACUGAUGUUGAACAGGCUGAGCUCAAAACAACUGUACAUGUAGCCACAGAGAUGGUAACUGAGCCAGACACAAGUGUGUUUAAAUUUGCUAUUGCUGCAAGCAGCCAUGAAGCAAAUGAAGGUGAGAGUGAGUCAAAGUGCAUCUCUGUUGCUUUGGAAGCAAAGCCUGAGAAUGAUGAGAAUGCAGAUGAAAAGAUGCAAACUGCCUCGCCUGUGGCUUUCCACAGCUUAGAAGUAAAAUAUAUGGAAAUCUAUGGCACUGAGAGUUCAAGCACAGAAAGGCAGGAAAGCCAAAAGUCUAUUGAGGUUUUAAGUUCUGACUCUUUCGCUGAAAGAAUGGAGGAUGAUAAGAUUGAGCCAAUGACUUCAGAUGAAGAUAAAGAGGAAGAGGACUCAUAUAUUCUACAUUCUCAAGAGCAAUGUAGUAGGGAAAGUGAAAUUCAAACAAAAAAAGUUGCUGCAGUUAUUUUGGAUGUAGAUACGGUGCACAUACAGAGUGUGGCCACACCCUCAGAUAGUACUACAGUGAGGAUAGUUUCUGCUAGUCCUAUUGGGAAUGAGAUCACACAGUGGCAAAAAAUGGGCAAACAAGAUAAUAACAUUUUGGGUCCUCCAGAAGCUGAGGAUUCAAAGAGCAUUCAGGGUUCUCUAAAUAAGACAGGCAUGGAAAAUGUGUCAGUAAUAAGUUCAGCAAUAGGACCAUAUCAGUCAGAGCUUGCUGAAAUAGACACUAACAGACAAGUGCAAGCAACCCUAGCCCCACCCACAGAAGCACAAGUUAUCAGAGAUGCUGCUACGAGAGGUCUUGGAACAUUGACUAGGAAUAAUGGACCAAAUGCUGCACGUGCUGACAUAGAGGGCAACUGGACCACAGAUAAUGGCCCGCAUGAACUCCAACGCAGAUAUAUUAUUCUAGACAUCCCUAAUGAAAUGGAGAUGCAGAGACAUCAUGCUCAUGAAGCCACUUCUUUCAGAGAACCCACUGAGGCAGAAAUUCAGGGAUCAGAACAUCUAACAUCAGAAAGACUGGAGAGAGAAGUUGGGGCAAUAUCUGCUGAGAGAGAUACAGAGGUUUUGGCCAGUACAAAGUUGCCUACAGAAGCAUUAGAAGAUGCAGACCUUCCUACAGAAGACAAAGAUGUAAGUGGAGAUGUCAUGCAUGUCAUUGAAGAGAAAAAGAUCAAGAAGACCCCAUCAGGUAAUAAAGCACAAUCCGUUGAAGCUAAAUCUAAAUUGACACCUCCAAUCAAGCAAUGGAAUGAGGAUGAAACUGAGGACCAGUCAGAAAGUAUGGAUGUCUCACCAACACCAGAGGACAAACUUGAAGUUGGAGAGGCCAUGGAUGUCAUUAAGGGAGAAGAGACAAUGAAGAUCUCAUCAGAUAAUAAAGCACAAACCCUAGAAAUUGGACCUAAACUGAUGCCACCAGUCAGGCAACCAAAUGAGGGUGAAACUAAUGUCCAAUCAGACAAGAUGGAUGUCUCAUCAACAGCAGGGGAGAAACCUGAAGAUAGAGACACUAUGCAUUUCAAUGAGAAGAAAGAAUCAAAAAAGACCCCAUCAGGUGCUAAAGCACAAUCCAUGAAAUUUGAACCUAAACCAACGCCACCAGAAAGGCGACGAUCACCUGAAAAUGGAGACACCAUUCAUAUAAUUAAGGAGGAAGAGUCUAAAAAUACCCUAUCAGUUGAUAAAGCACAGUCUGUAGAAAUUGAACUUAGACCGACACCACCAGUCAGAAGACGGAAUGAGGGUGAAAGCAAGGUUCAGUUUGACAAGACGUAUGUCACACCAACACCUCCAACCAGACAAUGUAUAGGUGACUUGAUGUCUCUAAACCCUGAAUCACAGAUACUUCAAGAAGUUCUUCCCACACCACCAGCAAGACGACGUCAACAGAAAGGAGAAGAUCUUACAUUUUCACUUAAUCUGGAGACCCAACCAACACCACCAGCAACACAACGUAAAGAAAAAGACCAACGAUUAUUGCUUGAUCUGGAGACCCAACCCACUCCACCAGCAAGAAGACAAAAAGAGAAAGGAGAAGAUCAAAAAUGUUCACUCGAUCUGGAGACCCAACCAACUCCACCAGCAAGACGACAUAAAGAAAAAGAAGACCAAAGAUUGUCUCUUGAUCUGGAGACACAACCAACACCACCAGCAAGACGACGUAAAGAAAAAGAAGACCAAAGAUUGUCUCUUGAUCUGAAGACCCAAACAACACCACCAGCAAGACAACAUAAAGAGAAAGAAGACCAAGUAUUAUCAAUUGAUCUGGAGACCCAACCCACUCCACCAGCAAGACAACGUAAAGAGAAAGAAGAAGAUCAAAGAUUUUCACUCGAUCUGGAGACCCAACCAACACCACCAGCAAGAAGACGUAAGGAUAAUACAGAGAUUGAUACAGUUUUGCAUAGUGCUGUAUUAAGGAAAAUUGAUAAUCAGCAAACCAGUGAACUAAGAGACGGAGAAGAGCCCACUGUUAAACUAACCCCACCUGUUAGACGCAAAGUUAGUCAAGAAGAAAGUGAUGUGACUUUGGCAGUUUGCAAAACCCAAGAAGAAAGGGAGAACAUUGUGAAACUCACACCACCAACAAGAAGGAAAGAUUGCAAAGUUGACAAAGAAUUAGUCGCCGAUGCUGUUAAAUUGCGAGAAGAGAAGAGCAUGGUCAAACCAGCUCCUCCUCUGUGGCAAAAAGACAGUCAAGCAGAAACUGAGAUGGUUUCCGCUACUUCAAAAAAUGAACUUGAGGAGCUUUCCCCUCAACCCACUCCACCAGCAAGACAACGUAAAGAGAAAGAAGAAGAUCAAAGAUUUUCACUCGAUCUGGAGACCCAACCAACACCACCAGCAAGAAGACAGAAAGAAGAAGAUCAAAGAUUUUCACUCGAUCUGGAGACCCAACCAACACCACCAGCAAGAAGACGUAAGGAUAAUACAGAGAUUGAUACAGUUUUGCAUAGUGCUGUAUUAAGGAAAAUUGAUAAUCAGCAAACCAGUGAACUAAGAGAUAAAGAAGAAGAUCAAAGAUUUUCACUCGAUCUGGAGACCCAACCAACACCACCAGCAAGAAGACGUAAGGAUAAUACAGAGAUUGAUACAGUUUUGCAUAGUGCUGUAUUAAGGAAAAUUGAUAAUCAGCAAACCAGUGAACUAAGAGAUGUAGAAGAGCCCACUGUUAAACUAACCCCACCUGUUAGACGCAAAGUUAGUCAAGAAGAAAGUGAUGUGACUUUGGGAGUUUGCAAAACCCAAGAAGAAAGGGAGAACGUUGUGAAACCCACACCACCAACAAGAAGGAAAGAUUGCAAAGUUGACAAAGAAUUAGUCGCCGAUGCUGUUAAAUUGCGAGAAGAGAAGAGCAUGGUCAAACCAGCUCCUCCUCUGUGGCAAAAAGACAGUCAAGCAGAAACUGAGAUGGUUUCUACUACUUCAAAAAAUGAACUUGAGGAGCUUUCCCCUCAACCCACUCCACCAGCAAGACAACGUAAAGAGAAAGAAGAAGAUCAAAGAUUUUCACUCGAUCUGGAGACCCAACCAACACCACCAGCAAGAAGACGUAAGGAUAAUACAGAGAUUGAUACAGUUUUGCAUAGUGCUGUAUUAAGGAAAAUUGAUAAUCAGCAAACCAAGAAAGAAGAAGAUCAAAGAUUUUCACUCGAUCUGGAGACCCAACCAACACCACCAGCAAGAAGACGUAAGGAUAAUACAGAGAUUGAUACAGUUUUGCAUAGUGCUGUAUUAAGGAAAAUUGAUAAUCAGCAAACCAGUGAACUAAGAGACGGAGAAGAGCCCACUGUUAAACUAUCUCCACCUGUUAGACGCAAAGUUAGUCAAGAAGAAAGUGAUGUGACUUUGGGAGUUUGCAAAACCCAAGAAGAAAGGGAGAAUGUUGUGAAACCCACACCACCAACAAGAAGGAAUGAUUGCAAAGUUGACAAAGAAUUAGUCGCCGAUGCUGUUAAAUUGCGAGAAGAGAAGAGCAUGGUCAAACCAGCUCCUCCUCUGUGGCAAAAAGACAGUCAAGCAGAAACUGAGAUGGUUUCUGCUACUUCAAAAAAUGAACUUGAGGAGCUUUCCCCUCAACCAACUCCACCGACUAGGAAAAAGAAAGAUGAAGCUGAUGCUGACAGAGUUCCUUUGAAACCAGCGGAGCCACAUGUCAUACCAACUCCACCAACCAGGCACAAAGAAAGUUCAGAGAAUGAAAAAGUUUCUGUCUGUGCACCAAUGGAGGAGGAAGCUGUUGUUGACCAAUUAACCAAACAGGAAGAUGAAGUGGAUCAUAUCAGUAGGCCAUUAAUUGGUCAGGAACAGCUAGAAGAGGGGGAGGACUCUGUUACAUUGGUCCCAGAACACAUAGCUGUAGUCAGUCAAACUGAGAGCAUCAGUGUGAUGCAGCCACAGGAUCAAGCUGUAGAUAUUUCUACUCAAGUUGGACUUACCACUGAAAACAUUAAGAGUCAAGUAGAAGAAGAGGAGGAGCCACUGGGACUCACAACGAAGGAUAUCUUCUUGAUGAUCAAACAAAUGACUGAAAAGGGACCAAAAUCUGUACUCAUGGAGGGUAUGCCAUAUGAAAGUCCCCUGAAAAUUCUGGACACGUCCAGUGCUGACCUCAAAACUCGAUUAAAAAGACUGGUGUUCCAUUUAUUGGACCUUCAAAAUCAUACAGCUGCACUGAACUCCACACACAUGGCCAAACAGCUAGAGGAGACUGAGGAAUGUAGAAGGUAUGCCCAGGGACAGGUGUCCAUGAUGUCUAUGCAAGACCAGGUUAAUGAUGACAUUGGCACCAGCACUAAUGGCACAGUCCAUGACACUAAGGCCAUGCAACAGCUGAGUGCUCAGUGGAGUGCAGCGUUGUGGGAUGCAGCCAAUGCUGUCCACUCCAAGGAAGCUCAGCUACAGAUGGUUGCAGAUUUUGACAGACAGACACAGAAAGUCAAAGCUACUCUGGAGAGACUCCAAACUGAAUGUGAGGCAUUAAGGACAUCUCCAGCUGAGAGCAGUUUUGUUGAGGAAGAGAGGCUACACUCUUUCUUGAGAAACAUGGAGCUGGAAAGGACAGCUCUUGGUGAGCUGAUUCAGACUCAUGCAAAAUUAUCCCCCUACCUAAGUCUGCCUGAGAGACAAAUGGCAGAAAUACAGAAAAAUAACUUACAGGGCCAGUGGAGAGCACUGGAGAGGUAUGCAGAGAUGGCCCUUUACAGGGUCAGUGCUUAUUCCAAAGAAAGUGCUAGACUUCUUCAAGAUGUCAGUGCUUUAAAAGACCAUCUAGAGAACAUUAAGAAGACCUUGGACUCAUCAGAAUCCUCACCAGUUGUUUGGGAUAGCAAGAGAGCUAAAGAAGUUAUGAAUAUAAAUGCUGAUCUCACUUCCACUCAACAGCAGUACCUCAAUCUUCACCAGACCUCUGAGGAUCUUGCCAAAGGUUUCCAAUUUAAAGCAGAGACAUACAGCAUUGAGCAAGACCUUCAGAACAUCAAAGACCAGCUGGAUCAAAUGGGUAAACAGUUAGCAGCUGCAGCCCCUACCAGCAGAAACCCAACAUUAAGUAAAAUUGUUAAGGUGAUGACAGAUGCACUGGCUUGGGCCAAGCAGACAGAAUUUAAUAUGAAAGGACAGCAGAAGAAGGUGUCUUUGCUUCCAGAAGAUGUCCAUCGACAGAUUAAAGAUUUAAAGAAAUUGCAGUCUGAGAUGAGCUCUAAGCAAACCCAGUUAAAGGCUUUGGUUGAGGAAGUCACCGAGCUGAUACCUGACCUAGAAGAAUCUGAUGUUCCUAUGGUGACCUCAUCCUUGAAGGCUCUUGAGGAUUUGUCCAAAUCGACAGCAGGGAAACUAGCCGAGGCGGUUCGCGAAAUGGAGUCAGGGCUUCAAACCCGGGAGAAGAUGUCAGAGCAGAUAGCAGAUGUUGAAUCCUGGGUGGUUGGACAUCUCCAAAAAGAGGCUUUGAGGAGAGAGGAUUAUCAGAUUUUAAGUGUGGCAGACUUGGAUCGCAGGUUGAGGCAGAUUAAGGAGUCUCUUAAAGAAGCGGAAAAGCAGUCUGCUGUUCUUGAAGCACUUCUGAUGAAAAGCAGAGAUAUUUUCUCAGAGCUAAGUAUCUCUGAGAGUUCUCAGCUGAAUACAAAACUCACCAACCUUCAAGAGGACAUCAAGAGUAUCGUCAAUUAUGAGAAAGCUUGUAGCCAGAAAGUUAUAGAUGUCAUGCAGAACCAAGAAUCCUCUCAGAGGAAAGUAUCAUCACUUGAAAAGAGUCUGAGACAAAUGCUGUUUGACGUAAAAAGUCACAGGUUCCCUAUUACCAAGGAAACUCUCUCCUCCAUCGAGCCCAUCAACCAGAUGAUUGUGGAACACAAAUCCCAGGUUGACCUAGUCAAUCCCUGUGCAGAGGACAAGAGAAGAGAGCUGUUAUGCAUUAUCACUGAACUCCACCAGAAAAUGAACGAUUUGGAUGACAAAGCACAAGCUCAUGUAAGGUACUUGACCCUUAGUCAGUGUGUUGAAGAGCUCAAGGAAGAAGUGGAGGCUCAGAUUCCAGAGACCAAAGACAACAGUGUAAACCAUGAGGCACGCUACAAAGCUUGUCAGGCCCUAUUGACCCAAAUCCCUUUAAUACAGCUCUUGUGUGAGGAAACAAGAGAUCAGCUCCAGGAUAUCACAGUAGAUCUUUAUCCAUCUCAGCUUUCUGCAGAGCAGGCAAGACUUAAACAAAUCCUGGAAAGUCUAAAAACUCAAGAAUUGACAGUGCACAAUAAUCUUCAGAUAGUGGAAUUGGAUCUACUGAAACACAUUCAUUAUCCAUCAGAACAGAGAGUUCUUUAUUCUUUCCUCAAAGAGACCAGUGAGGAACUGGAAAAGCCUUUUGAUAUUGAACCAAAAGAUGACGUAAUUGAAAAAGAACUGAGAAAGUGCCUAGUGCUCAGAAAGGACAUAGAAUCCAGAAUGCGAGUACUUGAGAUUCUUGAAAAAAGGAUUGGGGCUCAAUGUGAACAGAGGCCAGAAGACUCCAAACAGCUCACUUGCUUGAAGGAUAUGGUUUUGGAAAAGUGUGAUCAGCGAAUGGUGAGCCUAACUAAAGCUAAGGAAUUGUUGAGAAACUACACCAAGGCAGUGAUUAAAACCAUUAGGUUCUUCCAAAGAGCUGUGUUGGUCCUCCUUCCCUCAAUCUGCUCUGCUAGAAGCUGUUCAGAAAGACUCAAAGACACUCAGCAAGCUUUAUCAAUUCUAGACACUGAGUUCCAGUCCCAUGUUUCACAGCUCCAAACUCAAGCCCCACAGCAUCCCUGUUUCAAUCCACAGAAAAUUGAAUUUCUCCAGACAGAGGUUCUAGGUGAUCUCCUGGUCAGGCUGUCGACCCUCAAGGGCCAGGCCCAAAUACAACUGGAAACUCUGAAGAGGUGUGUUGAGUGCCAGAAAUCUUCUCGUAAAUGUUAUGAAGAGCUGUGUCAACAAGUGAGGGACUUAGAAACAUUGUUAUCACAGUGUGCUUCCAAUAAAAUCACUUCACACAAAGACUGCAAAGACCAGCAUCAGAAUCUCAAGGUUCUUGUGGAAGAGGUUGCCAAGCUUCCUGGGAAACUGGAGGAUCUGAGAGAGUGGUGCUCAUUGCAUGGCUGCAGAGCCAACAGGGAUGAUGCAGUUAGCGCCCUUUGGGGGCAGGUGGCAAGAUUGCAGCACUGUGGCAACGAUCUGCAUAUACGCUCAAUACAAAUGGAAGAAGAAUGGAGUGAUAUCAAAAAGAGUGUGAAUUGGGCAGCCACUGUGUUGGAACAGGUGGAGGCAGAACUUCCUGGCAGCAGCAGAGAGAAUAAGACUGGUGACGAGUUGCAGGAACUGCUGCUGUUUUGGUCCCAGUACCAGGACAGACUGGACUGUGAACACAGAGCUCUCUCUGCCUUGGAAUUAAGAGCUGCUAGGUUGCUUGGUGUCCCCUCCCAUCUGGAACAGGCCCCUCCUAUUGCACUGUGCCAAGAGCUCCGAGCACUACAGGAGCGUUACCACAGUCUAAAGGAGCGGAGCACUCAGGGUCAGAGGUCAGUGAGAGCUGAGGUAGAGGAGAGGGAGCGGGUACAGGAGAAGCUACAGGGGGUCAGAGAAUGGGUGGAUGCUGCUGUCUCUCUCCUCUCUGUACUGGAGCACGAGCCCAGCAAGAAACAGCUUCAGGAGGUUCACUCGCAGAUGUGUACCCAGAAGGCUGUUAUGCAGCGGAUCUCGGAAGGCUUGAAGAUGAUGUACACUGACAGAAACACGCUGGUUCCCGAAGAGAUCGAGGGAAUAUUUCAGGAAGUCUCACACUCAUUACAGCAAGUGGAGGAGCAGGUAGAGACGGCCGUGGAGAAGAGCGGUCCACUUAACAGGCUGGCUGCCAAGAUCUCAGAGAUUAAAGCAGGUCUGGGUUCAGUUCAGAGCUGUUUAGAGCAGAAGAGCCUGAACAUCACUGAAGCUGAGAGCACACAGAAGCAUGUGUGGGAUGAGCUGGACAGUUUACACACUCGCCUGACGGCGGUGGAGGUAGAGCUACAGGACGUGAGCGAGGUGUAUCCAGACGAGACCCAUCUUAUCUUGGAAAACCUGAUAAACACUCAGCAGACACACACACGCCUUAACAAACAGGCCGAACAGAGGACUGCCUUCCUCGGCAAGGUCCGUGACUGGCUGCAGGAACAUAAAGAGAUGGUUAAGGGGUCACAGAGCUGGAUUUUAGAAGCUCAGUCAUGGCUUACCACACCCUGUACAUACACCACUGCCAGAUGCCUAGACAGCCAUGUGAAUGCACUGCAGAUGGUGCUGGAUGAUUCCGCUCAGAUGAGACGGAGUCUUCAGGGUUUCGGCAGUGUGCUAACAGAGAUUGGAUGUGUGUUUGAUGUCAGUCCAUUGGAGGAGCAGCUCUCAAAUGCUGAUCGACGUGUGACAGACAUGCAACACAGCCUGCUGGGACCUCUUUCUCAGCUCGAGCAUGCAGCUGCAGAAGUGGACGCCAUUGAGUCAGAGAUGAAGGUAAUGGAGAAAGAUGUGGCCAAAAUCAAGUCUACCCUGACCAGCACGGAUGACAUCAGUAAGGACAAACUCAAGGCCACGGAGGAGAGGAUUGACCUGAUGAAAAGGACUGUAGAUGAGAUACAGAACUGUAAAGAUGGUCUGUGUCUCCCUGACAAAGCUGAAAACACACUCCUAGUGUUCAAAAGAGCUGAACUGCUACAGAAACAAUUGCUGGAACUAGAGCAGCUGGCUCUAGAAUACUUGAUUGAGGUGCAAGAUACAUCUACCCUGCCUCUCAUUACCACACCCAUAAUUGCACCACCCCCCAGUGCCACACCCCUCUCCGUUCCACCCACUAUAACUGAAGAAGAGCCACAGGAGAGCGGUCAGAUUCAGAUUGUGCACGUCGAGGACGAUGUGUUGAAGAAAUCAGGAGCGAUGCUGAUGACAAUAGGGCAGUCCACACCUGAGCAGAGACUCACAUGGAUCACUGAGAGGAGCAGUCACACCCCCACAGAACAACAGCAGGAGUCUGAUGAAGAGGAGGAGAUCUUUGAGGAUGUGGGAGAUGGGGAGGAUGAUGAUGAUGAUGAAGUCAAUGAAGAAUAUGAAGAUCAAAUAGAAAAUGAGGAUGAGGAAGUGAAAGGAAGGUUAUCCAAUUCCACCAGCGUGAUCAUGGAGGAAACUGAUUCAGCUGCUCCAGUUGGUUCUACAGAAUCUACAGAAGAGAGUCUUGACCAAAUAAAAGCAACAGACUCAAAGUUGGAAGUAGACACAUCUGUUGCCUCAGAAACAAGUGUUUCAGAAGCUUUAUCUGAAGCAGAUGCCACAGUGGAAAGCCAGUCUCUCACUUCAGAAAUGGUAACCAAUACCUCCUCUGUUUCUGAGAUCUCCACGUCCUCUCCCCGAGGCCAGCAGUGGUGUCUGGAGCAGGGUGCAUGGAGGGGGGAACAGACGCCACACACCAGUGACACUCACACACUUAUACACACCACACACAACAUUCACAAGUCACAAGCCCCACCCAUAGAGGCAGAAGACAUGUUGGCCUGUCCUAAAGUCAUGACUCUUGACGAAGGGGAGGGCGGGACCUUAGCAAAACCUGUGGGGGUCUCCGAAAUAUCAUCCACACCUAGUCAGCACAUUCAUUUAGAGGGCUCAGAGACCACCUUAAAUUUGCCUCAGGGAAUAGGCUCCACAAAACCCAGAGACAAAACACCAGAGUCUCAUACACACACUCCAACACCCACCACAUACACACACGUCCCAUCAAAUACAGAGGAUCGGGGGUUAGGCAACAGAAGCACACAACCUUGUGAUUUACACACAUGUAUUCAGGACUUCAACACCAAUACACAAUCACAAGCCCCAGUCAUACCUCACCUGGAGAAGACAGAGUCUAUGGCCACAGACAGAUCCUUGGCCGCAGCAGGUGAAGCUAGGGACACAGGUGGAUGGUUGUCUGGUGACAGACUGCUCCAUGUCUGCCGUGAGAAGACCGAACAGCUGGAGGCGUGUCUGGAGAGAGCACAGGUCAGCCUGGAGGGGUCGAGACAGCCAACGCGGGACGCAGCCAUGCAGCACAGCGUUGAACAACAACUUGAGACCUGCCAGAUGAUUCUUAUGGAUAUUGAGCAGAGGAUCUCCAGUCUUCCUGUGUGUGGACUGAAAGAACAGGAGCAACAUGAGGCUGAAUCACUUAACACGAGACUCCAGCUGCUGAAGAACAGACUAGUGACCGUCCAAAUACAGCUGCAUGAGAAACACACCGAAGAUCAGGUGCGUGUUGAGAGAGAGCACCCCCUGCAGGCCAGGUUAAAGCGUAGCAGCAGUGUGCAGGACAUGCUGAGUUCAUCCAGAGGCAAACUGUUCAGACAAAGCAGUCUUCAACAACAAAUAGAAUUGGAGCAUGGUUUGAAUGAACAGAGGGAUUUAACUAAAGCCAUUGCAAUUCAAGGCAGCAAAGCCCGAAUACACAGCCAGAGCACAGAAGAACACACAUGCCCCUCGGCAGCGGAAGAGAAUAAAGACAAGAGACAGGAAGUAGAGUUAGCGGUCCACAGGAAGUGGACACACCUUCGCAGCAGAUUGACCAAGACAGCAGAGUCAGAGCAGAAUGGAGAUAAAGAUCAUGAUCCAUCUGAGAUUCCAUCUCCAUCUGUAUGUUUGUGGAGUGAAUCUGCUGUUUCUCUUUGUCUUCGUGAGAUUCAAUCAAACAUCACACAACUCAAAGAACUGGAACACUCUGCAGUUGCACAGGAUAAUCAAUGUCUGGAUGAAGGUCUGUUUGAAGUGUUGAGUGGGGUGGAUCUCACUCUCAGCUCUGUCACACACACUCUUCUGUUUCAGCUAGCAACCUCACACCCCGACAUUCAAAACCAGCUGCAGCAGAUACAGAGUCUAUCUGCAGAGUUGACUUCUUUGAGUGCCAUGUUGACCUCCCAAGGGUCAGAGGCCAUAAAGUUGCUAGGUUCGGAUUCAGUGGUAUCAGAGUCCUCUGUGUGCCUGGAUAUGCUGAUGCAGCAUGUGUGUGAUGUUCAAAAGACUCUCACUGAGAAACAGGAGCAGCUACAGGACCGCAUGAAACACACAACUCAGCUGCAGAUAAGAGUGAAAGACCUGCAUGACUCGGUACUAACUAGCACGUCACCCCUUUACCCAACAACUCAUGGAGAAACCCACCAUGACCUUCACACACAGCUUCAGGCUGUCACUAGGCGGAAACAGGAAGUGGCGCAGAUCACAAGAGAGCUGGCAGAACUCAAAAAGGAUACAGAGAGUGAGAGUCAACCCUCAUCCCUCACAAAGGAGAUCAGCACACUGGAGGCGGUAUUGGACAGUGUGUGGAGUGAUUUAGAGCAGCGCUGUGGAGCUGUGCAGUGGAGUCUAGAUCAGCAGAAGAUGAAUGAGAGGAUACUGAAGGAUCUACAGAUACUGCUGGAUCUGGGCAGAGAGAAACUAACCUGCAUCUCUCACGUGGAGCUCAGCAAUCCAACACAACUACAGACAUGCCUCAGUACACACAAGAAGUUUUUCCUGUCUUUGGGCUCCCACCUACGGAGACUGCAGCAAUUGAGUGUGCGGAUGCCAGACAGUGCCCCCUCUGGCUGGGAGUCUGCAGUGUCUGAGCUCGAACGCAAAGUGUCCAGUGUAUUGCAGCAGGCUCAGGCUGUAGGGGCAGUACUGCAGUCAGCACUGCAGGUUUCAACUCAAAGGGAAAAAAAUCAUUUGUGGUUAGAAAAACUGCUGCAGAGGUUAGAAACUCAACUUCCCUUAAUGCUUCUGCAGGACCAAUCCGAGACGCAGCUCAGCAAAAAUAUUUCUGUAUAUCAGAGUGUGCAGAAAGUUCUGGAGGAGAACAGAGCUCGGAUUAGUCUGGUUCUGGAUGAGGGCUGCAAAAAGCAGGAGCAGAUUUCUAUUAGUGAAGUGGGUGUCCCUAUACAUAUAGUGGGUGUGUCUACACUAAGGCUGGAGCAGCAAUUGGCUGCACUUCAGAGUAAGGUGAAACAGGGACUGGACUCCACACACCAGCUCAAGAAACUCUGGAACAGGUUUCGAAGUGAUUCUGGGGCUCUCAAUGAGUGGAUGGGCGGAGCCAAGGAACACCUUCUCACCUUUAGAGAUCACCAGAUCCCAGCUCAACAGGAAACAGACCACACCCUCUCCCACUUCCAGCACUUCACAGAGUUUAUUAAGGAGCUAGAGGUCAAAUCUGCCCUUAAGGCAUCAGUGAUCAGUUCUGGAUCUUUAAUCCUUCUGCUUGGUGAAAGAGAGCAGAACGCUGAGGCGCAGAACAUUAGCAGAACCAGUACUGCUCUAAAAACAUCCAGAAAAUCCGCUGAAGACCUGCAACCAACUGAAACUAGUAACCUUACCUCUGUUGUCCUAGAAAAUAACCAUGAAGACUCGUCAUCUUUAGAUGUCACCUUUCCUUCAUCUGCUGAGGAUGCUUUAGAAACCGAUUUGUCCGAUGUUCAGAACAUUUCUUCAGAGGAAUCUCAUUCUACCAUGGAAAGAUCAGACACAAAAGUUGCCAAAUGCAGUUCUGAUCAAGAAAAUAUCCAAAACAUACCUCCAGCAGAUGGCAUUAGUUCUGUGGACAUUUCUACAGCUAAAGACAUUUUGUCAUUAGACAACAUCACAAAUGAAGAUUUGAGGAUUAAGGAACCAGUCACAUCAGUACUAGGUUUGUCUGUAAAACAGGAUUUGGUUCUAUCUCCUGUUCUGCUGUCUCUCCAGUCCCAGUUAUCCCAGGUGGAGAAGGACUGGGAAGAGAUACAGACACAAAUACCUGCCGUCCAACAGAAACUGCAUCAGACUGUGGUGGAGAGGCUGUCUCCUGAAGGACUGCUGGCUAAUAUGUGUGGCUGGAUUACAGGUGCUGAGAGCAGAUUACAGGCAGCUGAGCAAAAGGGUCACAACACCUGUAAGGCCACAGAGCUCACACACCUCCUCAAAACAUAUCAGGAGCUAAAGAGAGAAAUAGGCUGUCAGCAGAUGUCAGUUGAGUUUAUUAAUCAGUGUGAGCUGAAGCAGGUGGGGUUCGACUCCCAAACCAACAGGUACAGACACACUGAGUUUGCUGAACGCUUGGGACACGUCAAUCUGCGCUGGCUCACACUUCAGGCUCACCUCAACAGGCAGAUCCAACAAACUGAAGAGCAGGUGAUGAUAUGCUCAGAACGAGAGAGCAAACUAAAAAUCCUGCAGCGAUGGGUCAGAGGUAAAAAAACAUGGAUGCAAUUGCAUGCAAGACCUGCCAGUCGCUCAUUUGCUGAAAGGACCCUAAAGGACUGUGAUGAGAUGAAGGAAAAGUUGAAGACCAAAUUCUCAGAACUUGCUGAGCUGAGAAAGAGAAGACUUUCUCCUGAUGAAGAAGACAGGGAAAAGGACUUCCUCACAAUUGCUGACAAUAUCUCUCAAUCUUUAACGGAACUUUCGCAACAGAAUUUAGCCCUAGGGAAUACACUGCAGCAGCUGUGUAACGUCUGGUCUCAGUUUGAAAGUGGGAGGAGUCAGGCAGUUCUGAACACAAUGAAGAUCCGUCAAUCACUAGAGUACUUCCAAACCCCUCUACCCUCUCUCUCUGCCCUCCAGAGCAACAUUGUUAAGCUACAGGUCUUUAAAGAUGAGGCUGACAAGAUUGAAAGGCAAUGGGAGGAUCUUAGCGAAACAAUGUCAAGCUUGAUUGUUGGGAUUAGCUCAGACUCGGCCCAGAUAUUAUCUAAACAACUAGAAAAAGAGAAAGCAAUGUGGUCAGAGGUGAAGGAAAAGGUUACACACGGCUUGCAGAGGUCACAUAGUGUUCUGCAGGUGUGGCAGAGGUACUCUGAUUUGAGACACACCUGCUCAGAGCAGCUCCAGCAUCACAGAGAGCAGCUUGUCACCCACACCAAAAUACUUGGUGACCACAAACAACUUGCACACAACAUCGAGGAGCUAAAGACUGUGUUACAGAGAAGUUCUGAUACUCAACAAACUGAUGUGGAUAAAAUGCUUGAAGCAUCAAAAGAUCUGAUUGAACAGAUGGAAGAUGAAGAUGCUGUUUUCAUCAGAUCAGAGUGCCGUUUGUUAGCACGCGGUUUCCAGCAGUUAGACCAGACACUGAGAGGAAGAAUUCAACACAUGCAGGAGGAUCUCGAGCAGUGUAAGGAGUUUGAAAGAUUAUUCCAGACACUUGAAACACAAUUACAACAGUGGGAAAGCAAGCAAGAAAUGGACUGCCAGUCCACAGAUAUAUCUGAGUCGGGUCUAAUGGAGGUCAGUUAUCUCUCUCCUGAUCUGGAUCUCCUAAACACAAUAAGUUACAGACUGACCCUCAGUGACCCCAUGACACAGAGGCUGCAGAACCUCAACAGGAAGUGGGCACAGGCCUCUGCACAUACUCAGGAGAGAUGCAGUGAGUUGCAGGCAACCUCUCUCCAGCAGCAGAGCUUUGAGCAGAGGUGUGAGAGCUGGCUGGCUUUCCUACAGCGCAUGGAGGAUGGUUUGGCUGUAGAAAUCUCAACAACUUACACUGGACUAAGAGAACAACAGCGCACACACCAGUGUUUUCAGGCUGAGUUGUCUUUAGGCCAUCAGAUCCUUCAUUCUGUGAUCAGUGAAUCUCUGCUCCUAUUGCAGAAGGGAGAGGUGGAUGACAGGAGUGACUUCCUGUUGAAGCUGGCGCAGCUGAGAGAACACUGGCAGGGGGCAGUGCAGAGAGUAGCUCAACGGCGCAAUCUAGUGGAAGGGCUUGUACAACACUGGCAUCUUUUCACACACACACUGCAGAAACUCCGCAAACUUCUCACACUUGCACACACACUUCUGUCUCCCGCCGGUCCCACACACUGCAGUGUCCUGCAACUGCGCCUUUCAUUGGAUGAUCUGAAGCAUACAGAGCUGUUGUUUCAAAGGUCAGUGUCUGCUUAUCUGUGCGUUAUGGAGGUAGGCAGGCAGCUGUUCUCUGUGAGUGACACGCAGACGCAAACACAGUUGCAGACAGACCUGGCAGCCCUGCAAGAAGACUGGGAGCAAUGCCAGUGCAUGAUGGGAAAGAGGAAGAGUCUCACAGCUGACAUCAUCAAGAAGUGGGAGACCUGUGAGACCAGACUAACUGAUCAGGCCCAGCGCCUGAAAGAGCUGCAAGCCAGACUGAAGCAGUCAAUACCAGAUCAACAUGAGGAGAUGGAGGAGGAACAACUCUUAGUGAAGGAGGUUCAGGAUUGUUUGGAGGACUGGGCAGUCAGUUUGUCCGAGCUCAGCACGAUGAAGACGGAUCUGUCCCAGUACAUCCUCACCGAUGAUGUCCUCCUCCUGCAGGAGCAAGUGGACCAUCUGCACUGCCAGUGGGAAGAACUCUGCCUCAAAGUGUCUCUGCGUAAGCAGGAGAUUGCUGACCGGCUAAAUGCCUGGAUCAUUUUCAAUGAGAAGAACCGUGAGCUGUGUGAAUGGCUGACACAGAUGGAAAACAAAGUGGCGCACAGCGCCGAGCUCAGCAUCGAGGAGAUGGUGGAGAAACUCAAGAAGGACUGCAUGGAGGAGAUCAACCUCUUCAGUGAGAAUAAAACACAUCUGAAACAGCUUGGAGAACAACUCAUCUCUGCCAGCAACAAGACCAAAGAGACAGAAAUCAAUGAAAAGAUCAAGGACAUCAAUGACCGCUGGCAGCAUCUAUUUGAUCACAUUGAAGCCAGGGUAAGGAAGCUGAAGGAGACGUUGGUAACAGUACAACAGCUGGAUAAGAACAUGAGUAAUCUCCGCUCAUGGCUGUCCCGCAUUGAGGGUGAGCUAGCUAAACCCAUCGUCUACAGCAUCUGCCACAAUGAGGAAAUACAGCGUAAACUAGCAGAGCAUCAGGACCUUCAAAGGGACAUUGAACAGCACACAGAGGGUGUGGCAUCUGUCCUGACCCUGUGUGAUGUUUUGCUGCAUGAUGUGGACGCUUGUGGCAGUGAUGGCGAAAAUGACUCCAUUCAGCAGACCACACGAAGUCUGGACCGUCGCUGGAGGAACAUAUGUGCCAUGUCCAUGGAAAGGAGAAUGAGGAUUGAGGAGACAUGGCGUCUGUGGUGCAAGUUCCUGGAUGACUAUGCACGCUUUGAAGAGUGGCUUAAUACAGCAGAACGCACAGCGGCCAAUCCCGCCACCAAAGACGUGCUCUACACCUGUGCUAAAGAGGAACUCAAAAAGUUUGAGGCAUUCCAGCGGCAAGUCCAUGAGCGUCUGACACAACUGGAGCUGGUAAAUAAACAAUAUCGCCGUUUGGCACGAGAGAACCGAACUGACGGUGCCAGUAAGCUGAAAUUGAUGGUACACAAGGGAAACCAGCGCUGGGAUACACUACAGAAAAGAGUGGCCGCUGUGCUCCGCAGAUUAAAGCAUUUCACAUCUCAGCGUGAAGACUUUGAGGGUACGAGGGAGGGGAUUCUGAUGUGGUUGACUGAGAUGGAUCUUCAACUCACUAAUGUGGAGCAUUUUUCAGAGAGUGAUAUCCACGAGAAGAUGCGUCAACUCAACGCAUUUCAGGAGGAGAUCACUCUAAACACAAAUAAGAUUGAUGCUCUGAUCGUGUUUGGAGAGAACCUGAUCCAGAAAAGUGCUCCACUGGAUGCUGUACUCAUUGAAGAUGAGCUAGAGGAGCUGCACUCAUACUGCCAAGAAGUGUUUGGCAGGGUGGCCCGAUUCCACCAUCGCCUCAUCAGCAGAUUUCCGGUACUGGAGGAGGAAAGAGAUUUCUCAGACAGAGACACAGAUCCGGAGGACUCAGCUGAAUUCAGUGGGGGGUGGGAGAGAGAAAGAGAGGAAGAAGCUGCUAUGAGUUCUGAUGUUUCUCUGACGGUACGACAAGCUGUGUGCCACCUGUUACCACCUGCUCUGGAGUGCUCGGGGCGUGAGACGCCCACCAGUGUGGAUUCCAUCCCACUGGAGUGGGACCACACAGUCGAUGUGGGGGGAUCUUCAUCUCCAGAGGAUGAUGAGGAGUUGACUUACUAUAGUGCCCUAUCAGAUGUAGAGACCACUGAGAGCUCUGAGUCAUAUGUUAAAGCUACAGCAAAGGUUUUGAAGGCUGUGACUGGGGGAAGAUCAGUGGUUGAGACAUGGCAUUCUCCCGAUGUGCCAGACAGGAAACGAGUAAACAGAGAGAUCAUCACUUCUUCCCCAUCUGACACCACCACACCAUACCAACCACAGGCCUAUGAUAAGCUCAUGUCUGAGUGUGCUGGCAGUAUAGACAGUAUAAAGCGAGUGAAACUGAUUAUGAAUGAGGAAGAUCAACUGGAGGAUCAAGGACUGACAUCCCUCUCUGCAGCAGAUAAGACAGGGGUGAUCGAGCGAUGGGAGCUCCUGCAGGUGCAGUCGUGCAGCAUGCCACAGGAUCUUCAGCAGUGGCACAAACUGAACUCUGACCUCGGUGAUGUCAUGGCUUGGCUCAAUGGUGUGCUGCCUGAGCUGAAGAAACUACAAACGCUAGAGCCAAAAACCAACAUAACAGACAUGGAGAGCAAUAUCCACAAACUAAAGGAAAUGCAGAGAACCUUCAAUGGCUACAAAUCGGUGAUGAUUGGUGUUAAUCUAAGUGGGCAGGGCUUCCAGAAUGGAGACAGCUCUGAACUACAGGAACUGCGUGAGAAUCUGCAGUCCGCCAAUCACAAAUGGGCACAGGCCUGUGCGGCCCUGGACAGCUGGGAGCACCGACUGCACAAAGCACUCAUGGAGUGUCAGGAGUUCCACGAGACACUUCACUCUCUACUGCUGUGGUUAGCUAAAGCAGAGAGCCAGCGUUACAUGGUCAACAUCCAUGACCAAAACACAGAUCUCAACAUCCUGCAAGAGCAUCAAGACACACUCAAGACAGUUCAACAGGACUUGCAGUCUCGUGAGAAGGAGGUGCACUCGCUGCAGGAGAUCUCAUCUCAGAUCCUGCUACAGGACCAGGGAGAAGAUACCCUGGAGGCCAAAGAGAAGGUUCACGUCAUCAGUAACAAGUUACGGCUGCUGAUCAGACAGAUUGCUCAUGACCUGCACACACUGCAGACCAGACUGGACUUGUCGAGUCCUGAUGUGGGCGGGACAGCGGCGACACUGCACAAGGAAAGCACAGGACGUGUUUCACAGGGAUCCCCCACAAGUGUCAGGGCUGCCAAGGCUGAUUCAUCUCGUGCAAGGCCAUUCCUAUAUCGUGUCUUGCGAGCUGCUUUGCCCCUUCAUGUCCUCUUCCUGUUGUUACUGGUUUUGGCCUGCCUGGUGCCUCUCUCAGAAGACGACUACAGCUGCACUCUGUCCAACAACUUUGCCCGAUCCUUUUAUCCCAUGCUCCUCUACACCAACGGACCCCCGCCGACAUGAGAACAGACACUCGUAAACAUACUGCUUCGGUAGAAUUAGAGGGAAAAAUAGGAUGUAUUAAGUCCAUUUUUCCCAGGAAACUCUCUUGUGGCAGAUCCGUUACACUCUUACGUUUGGUCUUCAACACUCAGUAGCAUUUAUUGCAACAAUCAGCGCAUUUGACUUAACUUCCUGUUUCUGGUUGGUCACAGAGAAGGAUUGUUCUGAAACCUUCCCUUGAGAGAUAUGUACUGUAUAUUUGUAUUCUUAAAGAGCUUUUUGGGGGGAAAAAUACAGGCUCUGUGACUCAUCAAAGGUGCACUCAAAACAGUUUCUAACUGUAGUAUGUAGCAAAAUAGAACUCUGUCAUUGAGUCAUGGAAACACUGAAAUUGUCAUUUACACAAAAAGAAAUGUAUUUAUUUUUACUCAUAUCUGUAUUUUUUAAAUAGAAACCCUGUUGAUACAUCAACUGAAUGACUGGACUCGCCUGGAAAUUAGGGAAUAUGUUCUUACAUAUUGACUGAACGAGUUGUAUAAUUUCUGGGAAUCAAAGUCAAUGUGCAUUGACUUGCAAUGAUACAAAUAUUUUAUUUGUUGCUCUUUUAAAUGCUGUUUCCUUUAGUCAAUGCCAUGAAGGAGAGAAAUUAAUAGAAAGAGAGGUGUCAGGAUGUGUGCUAAUUUAAGUCUUUAAAAUUUUAGUCCUUUACAUUUAAAUGUGUUCAGCCUAAAGUUUGAGGCUGCGUUUGUUUUCCUGUGUGCGUGUGUGAAUAAUGUAAAACUACUGAAGUUGCUAAAUUAUCUAAUGGUUAAAUUAUCUCAACAAAGAUAGGGUACUUGAUAUUGAUUUCUCUGAAUAUGUUCUAUGGCUUUGUAGUCCAUUGCUAGAAGACUUCUGGCAGUAGACUCCAGUGUCCAGUUGUUUAUUUUAUUUUUGGCUUGGUUUUUCUUUUGGCUUUUUUGGUCAGUUGGAUGUUUAAGGUGUCUCAUAAACACUGAUUUCAAAGCCAUUUCGAAAGAACUCACAUUAAUGUAUUUGGUUUUUAUUGAUGCACACUUUCGCUCUAACUGCCAGAGAGUCAGAAACUUUGUUUCAUUCUUAAAGUUACCGUAAGAAUGCUGUUUCUCCUCUUGUUCGAUUUAUGGGUUUAUAAUUUAAGCACUUGUUAUAGUAUGGAUUGCAUAUUGGGUCAGUUGACAUAGGCCAUGAUUUAAAAAGCCAUUAAUCACAGCAAAACAUAAAUUUAAUUACAAAUGUAUUUUUCAACAAACCUUGCACUGCCAAUGUGAGCUACUGGAAAGAGAGAAUAUUGAAUUAGGUGCAGUUUGUGCUUUAUUUUUGGAGUUUUAACUACAUUUUACUACAAAUAAACAUCAUGUACA